GGAUUCUCGUCCUCACAGAACUUUGGAAGCUCACAAAGCAAUUGCUUCCGUAACACCUCUGCAGCUCUGCACCAGCUUUCCUCACCGUGUUUCUUCCUCUCACCCUCCUCUCUACUGCCUUGCAUCCCCCCCAGCAAGGAGCAACAGCACUUUAGCUAUCUGUCCCCCCUUCGACCUUGGUCAGGUCCCCUGCGCUCAGCUAUCUAGCCAUCAUGGCACCAAUCACCGAUCAACAUGUUGAGGAUCUGAAAGACCUGGUUCAUAAGCUCGAGGCCCGAGUCUGGUCACUCGAACGACGAUUAGAGGGCGAGAAGAAGCCCUCUCUCACGGACUCUAUGCGCAUGAUUCUCAUCGGUCCUCCGGGCGCAGGCAAGGGAACUCAAGCUCCCCGAAUCAAAGAGAAAUACUGCGUGUGUCAUCUGGCCACGGGUGACAUGCUUCGAGCACAAGUUGCGAAAAAGACUGCUUUGGGAAGAGAGGCCAAGAAGAUCAUGGAUCAAGGCGGCCUGGUCAGCGACGACAUUAUGAUCAACAUGAUCAAGAACGAAUUGGACACGAAUAGAGAAUGUGCUAACGGUUUCAUCCUUGAUGGCUUUCCCCGAACGGUUGCCCAAGCCGAGGGCCUCGAUUCCAUGCUUCAAGCGGAGAACAAACCUCUCAAGCACGCGAUCGAACUCCAAAUCGACGACGGCCUGCUGGUUUCCCGCAUCACCGGUCGGCUGAUCCAUCCAGCCUCGGGUCGGUCAUACCACAAGGUCUUCAAUCCACCAAAGGAACCCAUGAAGGACGACAUCACUGGAGAGCCCCUUAUCCAGAGAACCGAUGAUAACGCCGAGACUCUUAAGAAGAGAUUGGGAACAUAUCACGCCCAGACGACCCCUGUGGUGGCCUACUACAAGAAUAAGGGCAUUUGGUCCGGUAUUGACGCCAGUCAAGACCCAGAACAUGUCUGGAAGAGCAUUCUGUCCGUUUUCGGCGAUUCCAGGACUCCAGCCACCGGCAGCAUCCUGAGCAAGAUCGGAUUGCGGUAGACGUGGGCAAUGACAAAAGAGGAGGGACCUCCUUGCCUCAACCUCCAGAGCAAGCACAGAAUUGGCGGCUGAAAUGACACACUAAGAGACUCCGGAAAAGAUUCAUGCCUUGUUUGCGAAUGUGUACAAGUUACGGGAACUGGGUGUCCAACAUGCCCUGGAAAAUGGUGAGUUGCAUGCGGAAAAGGGUUCUGACUUUGAGUACAUAUCUUGCGUCCUCGCGAGACGAAUACAAGACUUAAUUGGCACAAGCGAGACAA